CCACAAACACCUUACUUUGACCCCGAAACGUCAGACCUUGAUUGUGUCGCGUAUUUACACCAUCGGCCUGCGCUCAGGCAAGUCAGCCUACUGUGUCAUACGAACACAUUCGACAGUCUCGCACAUCUCCAAAGCAGACACCAGAGUCCGAACACACCUCGACGGUCUCAAAUAGUUGAUGAACAUGACACUUGAGUAAUUUCACUGAAGGACGAUAGGGUCGUCGCCUUGGACCUGGCCUUAAAGAUGGAAUCUGCCAACAAUCUCUCCCACGAAUAUGCUGGCUCAGCAUCCUUCCCCGACCUCAUGAACGAUCCAGCCUAUGACACAAACCACAAAGGAAAAGAGAGGGAUCUCGAUGAGCCGGACACCUGUCGGAUAUGCCGCGGCGAGGGAACUCCGGAAGAGCCGCUUUUCUAUCCUUGCAAAUGCAGCGGGAGCAUCAAGUUCGUCCACCAAGCUUGCUUGGUAGAAUGGCUAUCCCAUUCCCAGAAAAAGCACUGCGAACUUUGCAAGACACCGUUUCGCUUUACCAAACUAUACGAUCCCAACAUGCCCCAGAAUUUGCCAGCUCCAUUGUUCUUCAAACAACUUAUCAUUCAUAGCUUUCGUACUGUCGUUACAUGGCUCCGGUUCAUUCUAGUCGCUUUUGUCUGGCUGGGUUGGUUACCGUGGUCCAUGAGAGCAAUCUGGAGGGCUCUCUUCUGGCUCGCAGAUGGCCGCUGGUCUGGCGCUGAUAAUAUCCAACAACCUGGUCUAGAUUUUGUUAUAACGAAUGUCACUACUACUACAACUACCGUUCAAACCGCUGCAGGAAUGCCCGGAUCGACCACUACGCAACCCAACUCCGCCGACGUCUCGUCGGUCCAGUCUCCAGUGUCGUCCAUGUUCGGCUUUGCCGCUGGUGAACCGUUGCUAUUUACACUGAUCAAGAAGUCCUUCUCGGCGCUUUUCUCUCCUGCAAUGUCGGUCACUGGGUCUAUGGGAGGAAAACCAAACAUGACCACCACGACACACAAUUCCAGACGCCCUUCCUGGUUGUCUGACGUGAAGUUCCUGAAUACAUUGACGCCAUCGCCUACCAUAAACAACAUUAUCAUUGAUACACUAGAGGGCCAACUGAUUACCCUACUCGUCGUCAUCUCAUUCAUUUUAAUCUUCCUCAUCCGGGAAUGGGUCGUACAGCAGCAGCCGAUGGCCAACAUUGCCGAGGGAGAACGUGAAGUUGCCGCCCAGCUCAUAGCGAAUAACCGGCAGGACCAGCCGGUAGAGGAUGCGGAGCCUGCAGAAGACGCCCUUCCGCAACCAGAGGAUGCCCAACCAGACGCCGCAAUCCAGGAGACCAUGGGAGAUGACAUCCACCGUGCCCCGGACACACCGGCAGACCUUGCGGCUGACAGAGAUCAAUUUCCUAGGACACUGCCGUUUCAUUCGGACAGACGCGAUGGCUCUGACGCCUUAGCGUCACAAGCCUUCGGCUCCUCGCGAUCGCCCCAGAAUAACAAUGAGAGUGAUGGCGAAGCAGAGUUGGACUUCUCUUCUGAGCAGCCAUAUCCACAGACCUGGCCCGGCGUGGACACGUUCAGAGACCUUUGGGACAGGGGUAAUGGUGACCCUGAACAGGUCUUGCGAAUUGUACGUGACGAAGGUCGCCAAAAUGACCUGGGUUGGAUUGUCAACGCGAUGACCAAGAUCCAGCGCAACGAAGAAGGCCAAGACUUGUCCAGACGGGAUCAGCCCCGUGAAGGCUCUUCAAGCACUCAGUAUGGUGCUGGUUUGACUCGAGCCGAGGAUCUUCCGAGCCUUGGGCGUUUCGACGUCGAUGGCGGCUUCCCAUCAGGAAGCACCAGGCCUUGGAGCUUUGCAGAUGCGGUCGAAGGCAGUGCGGACAUCGACAGGCUAGAACGGCACCCCGACUUUGAUGGCUUUAGAUCAGUUGCCCAGCACGCUCCUGAGCAUCAAUCGGUCCAGGAGACCAUAAACCCAAGUGACGACGUCAUUCAAGCCGAUGAUGACAGUAGCUCGUCCAUUCCUCGUCAAACCGAUCCCGUGAACAACCAAGCUCUACCAGAAAACACCCCGGUUACCCCCCAAACUGCCCGGCCUUCGAAUACUCACCGCCAAAGCUUCAUUACUAGACUAUUUGAUUGGUUUUGGGCGGAUGUUGAGACCGAGGAUCAGGAUCAGGACCAGCCUCAGGAGGAUGACGAACAUGCAAUUGAUGCUGAAUUGGAGGCGCCGUUCAUCCCGGUUCAUAAUGACAGACAAUUUGCUGACGAUGGCGCGCAAGAUAAUCAGAGAGUUAUGCAGGACCUUGGUAUCGAUGGCAACGACCUCGAUGCAGUCGAAGAUGGUGAUGAUUUAGAGGGGAUCCUCGAGCUCAUUGGUAUGCAAGGCCCCAUUUUUGGUCUUCUUCAGAACGGGGUUUUUAGUGCCCUCUUGAUCUCUUUCACGGUUGCUAUCGGAAUCUGGCUCCCUUAUCUUUGGGGCAAGAUUGCUCUUGUUCUCCUGGCAAACCCGGUGCAUUUGAUUGUCGGUGUUCCAGUGACUGCUAUAUCCGUAUUCGCCGAUGUUGCGCUCGAUACCCUUAUUGGUAGUCUGGGAUAUGUGAUGUAUUGGGGCAGUCUAACAUGCAAGACCUUGCUCGGCCCCUUCAUUGCAUUUGCCCCUGUGGCCAAUUGGAUCCCCGAGACCAGGUCUGUGACUAGCGCCUCGCUGUCGCUCAUUGAUGCCAGCAGUACCCGUCUACGGAACGCUCUACAAUCGUUUUUCGUAUUUCACGAAUCUGACGUUCCCAUGUUCUCUGUCAUUUCGCACCACGCUCUCAAGAUUCACCAGGCACGCAUAUCUUAUCUCGCCCGGGCGAUUUUUGUCAUCGGAAAAUUUAUUUUGCACGAUUUUCCGCUUCGGAUAUUGUCGGAUGGGCUUCCUGCAGCCUUGUCACUUGGUCGUGAGAACCUCGACUUCGCUAGUUUAAUAGCCCAAACACGUGACCAGAUAUACAGCUUUGGGCACCAGGUUCUUUACACCUCGAAUGAGACGAAUGUCUUCAUGGCUGGUCUCAACGGGACAUCAGCCAGCGGUAUAAACAUAUCUCAAGAAUUAGCUGUUUGGGAUACCAAGGACCGGGUCAUUGCCAUUCUGCUGGGCUAUGUACUGGCAUCGGUUGUGGGACUACUCUAUCUUCGGAUCACAAAUUUCCUCUCAGGAGCGGAGCGCCGCCAGAGAGUUGAGGGCCUCAUUGCGGACAUCAUCCACCAGGGCGGAGGAGUCAUGAAAGUGAUCUUAAUUAUUGGGAUCGAGAUGAUCGUGUUCCCGCUCUACUGCGGCUCAUUACUCGAUGUUGCGCUAUUGCCUUUAUUUGAGAAUGCCACCAUCGCAUCACGCCUUGAGUUCACAGCGUCUUCGCCUAUGACAUCGCUCUUUGUGCAUUGGUUCAUCGGUACCUGCUAUAUGUUCCACUUUGCUCUCUUCGUUUCGAUGUGUCGAAAGAUCAUGAGGAGUGGUGUUCUAUACUUUAUCCGUGAUCCCGAUGACCCAACGUUCCACCCUGUGCGUGAUGUUCUAGAAAGGAAUAUCACUACCCAGUUGCGGAAAAUUGCAUUCAGUGCUCUGGUGUAUGGUGCACUGGUUGUUGUCUGCUUAGGUGGUGUCGUCUGGGGGCUAUACUAUGGCCUAGAUGGCGUUCUUCCAAUUCACUGGUCCGCUACGGUGCCUGUACUGGAAUUUCCUGUGGAUCUGUUAUUCUACAACUUCGUGAUGCCGUUUGCUAUCCGAUCUCUAAAGCCAUCUGAUGGCUUACAUGGACUUUAUAAUUGGUGGUUUCACAAGUGUGCCCGAUUCUUACGUCUGACCAACUUCUUUUUCGGAGAUAAGCAGUCGGACGAAGAGGGUCAUUAUGUCGGACGGAGCUGGUGGGAACUGUUCUCAGCGGCCGAAGUACAUCCGGACAGCUCUUCUGUCAGCGGGAGUCAGACUGCCGACACCGAUGAAAAGAUCCAUGGUGGAUCAUUUAUUCGCGAUGGUAGAUACGUCCGAGCUCCUGCCUCGGACCAGGUCAGGAUUCCCAAGGGUAAUCGUGUGUUUGUGGAGGUGACUGAAAACAACGAGAGACUCGAUGGGUUGCCGGACACGGAUCAGGGAUUGCAUGGUCGAGCUAAUGAGAUGUUCACGAAAGUCUACGUGCCUCCAAACUUCAGGACCCGGAUUGCGGCCUUCAUCCUCCUCAUCUGGUUGUUUGCUGCAGCUACCGGUGUAGGCAUCACUGUUCUUCCCCUGAUCAUUGGCCGAAAGAUCAUGAAUUUGAGCUUCCCCCACCGGCCCAUGAAUGAUAUCUAUGCCUUUUCCACUGGCUUGAGCAUUGUCGGUACUGCUGCCUACAUCGGAUUUUACAGCCGGACCUACUUUGCUAUGGCCAAAGAGCGUCUGGCUGUCUACCUGCAAUCGCCCCAACAGGUGUUCCUGGGGAUCAAAAAUGCUCUUUAUGAUGUCGUCCGACUGAUCUACCUCUUCACCGCGUUUUCAGUCAUGCUCCCAUCCGCUCUCGCUUUGGUUAUGGAGCUCUACCUAUUAGUGCCCGUGCACACCUAUUUGGGAGGCCCUCAGGCGCAUGUGAUCCAUUUCAUCCAGGACUGGACCCUUGGCGUGUUGUAUGUUCAAAUGGCUGUCAAGUUUGUUCUGUGGAACUCUCGAUCCCGUCAGGCCGCUGCUCUGAAUGCCAUUUUCAGGGAUGGAUGGCUGAAGCCUAAUGUCAGGAUCGCGACACGAGGGGUCUUGCUUCCCGUCACUCUUCUCACUGUGAUUGCGGUGUUGGUUCCCCUCUCCCUGGGAUUCUUCCUGAACAUGACAGUGUUCUAUGGUACUCCAGAUGUGCAGUUCAAGGUAUACCGUUAUGCGUAUCCGGUCACGUUGAUGUCCAGUCUGCUUGCGUGGCUCGUCUACCUGGUCCGGCGGCAGGUGGAAAUUUGGAGAGUGAAUAUCCGCGAUGAUGUUUACCUCAUUGGCGAACGGUUGCAUAAUUUCCGUGAGAAGCGGGCACGAGACGUGGGAGGUGUUUCUCGGAGAGUCAUCACAGGAUGACACCGAUCAGGCAUCAGUCAUGCCAAAGUGCUCUAGGCUCCCAUUUUCUGUCGCGUUGGCCAUCUGAGUCUUUCGUUCUUCUAUGUACAUCAAUUGCGAUAAUUAGAUAGAUAUCAACUUUGAAGCAGACAUGAACUGUGCCUGUGUAUCCGUAGGGCAAGCUGUGAUAACUGGA